AUGGUCGAUACACCGAUGCGAGGGGUAUUCAGAGAGGAGGCGAGGGCGCUGGUGCCCCUGGUGACUAGCGACAUCUUUCUUUCCAGUCAGACUAGGUCUGCCAGUGGACCGCAAGAUAAGCAUCUGGCCAGUGCCCUUCAGACCCAUGAGGAGGAGCAGAAGCAGCCAGAAAACAGUAACCACAAGUCAUCACCGCAGAGUCCAUUGGGAUUGACUGUACCAGGGAUGUCAUGGAUGUAUGUGGUGCAUGGGAAUGAGCCAUUGUAUCUCUCAUCACCAUUGACCAGCGAGGAAGACGAGGGACUCAUCAGUGACUGUAGCACCCCAGAUAACUUGACUACCUCCAAACCCCAUUCCACAUUUUCCCAUUUUCGAGCCCCAAAGGAUCCUGAUCCCAGUGUUGUGGCAACCCUUACCCCGAGAGAUUUCUUCUUGUAUGCAGAAGAGGAGGGACAUGAGGUGGACAUCUCCAUUUAUGCAGGAUUUAGAUACAUCAGUUACUCUUUCAACUCAGAUGCAGCUUGCAAGGCUAUAGGCUUGUAUAUUGCUCAG